AUGGCCUUCAAACCAAGGAAGUCAAGAUUUCUUAUCUUGAGAAGAGGUAAAGUCUGGCAGAAGACAACACUCAGGGUACAGGGCGAGGAUAUCCCAUCACUUAUUGACAACCCCGUCAAGUGCUUGGGUAAAUGGUUUGACACCACACUGGGUGAUAGCAGAAAUAACACAGAGCGCAUCAGGCAGCAACUGAGGAAUGGGCUUGCAAAGAUAGAGGGAACAGGCCUACCAGGGAAGUUCAAGGCAUGGCUUUUCCAGCAUGGCCUCCUGCCCCGUCUCCUGUGGCCACUAAUGUUGUAUGAGAUCCCAACAUCGACGGUUGAUAGCUUGGAAAGCAUGAUAAACAAGAGCCUGAGACGAUGGUUCGGACUUCCAUCAUGUAUGACAAGUAUUGGACUCUACAACAGAACCGGAAUGUUGCAGCUCCCUCUUUCAUCAAUUGUAGAGGAGUACAAAGUUAGUAAGGCAAGGCUCGUGUUGACCCUACGAGACUCUAGUGACAUGAGCAUUAGAAAUGCAGGGAUAGAGGUCAGAACUGGAAGAAGAUGGUCAUCAUCGAAUGCAGUUGAGCAGGCAGAGAGUCGACUGAGACAUCAAGACAUAGUGGGAACAAGUUGUCAAGGUAGACAGGGACUCGGCUUGAACACUAGACAACCGUGGAGUUCAGCCACAACAGUCCAAAGAAGAGAACUUGUUCAGAGCGAAAUCCGAAAGGAAGAAGAAGAGAUAAGAAAGGUGAAAGCAGUCCAGAUGGGGAGCCAGGGAAGCUGGACAAAGUGGCAGACAACAGGGAGGAAACUGUCAUGGACAGAUAUCUGGAAGUACCAGUUUUUUCAACUGCAGUUCCUGAUCCGGGCAGUUUAUGAUGUCUUGCCAACACCGGCGAAUCUCCAGAGAUGGGGGCUGAUAGAAACAGCAGAAUGCACCCUAUGUGGAGGAAGAGCUACCCUGGAUCACAUCUUGUCCUCGUGUAAGGAAGCACUUGCCCAGGGGAGAUACCGCUGGAGACAUGACCAGGUACUCCGAGAGGUAGCGGAUACACUUGAGAGACACAAGAAGAAGGCACGAGUACAUGCAGGGGCAAAGCACAGCAACUUUGUACCAGCAGGGACAGUAAUGAAGGGUACAAAGGGAGGACAUCCGAGUAUCCUAGACGGCACAAAUGACUGGGAACUACGGGCAGAUCUUAUGAAACAGCUGCAGUUUCCAGACAUUGUCCACACUACCCUACGCCCAGACAUUGUGAUGGUCUCCGGAAAGACAAAGAAGAUCAUCCUGGUAGAGCUGACUGUCCCGUGGGAAGAAAGAUGUACUCAGGCACAUGAGAGAAAGAAGGCCAAGUACGAAGAUCUCGUCCAGGAAUGUAGAGAGGCCGGGUGGAGAGCAUGGAACUACCCGAUUGAAGUGGGAUGCAGAGGGUUUCCUGCACCAUCGCUGGGAAAGAUGUUCCAGGAUAUGGGAAUAGAGGGACAGGCGAGAAAGCUGGCCAUUAAGAAGGUAUCACAGGCAGCAGAAAGAAGCUCCAGCUGGCUGUGGCUUAGGAGGAACGCCAGUAGCUGGAAGCCAUCCACUAAUGGGUAG